AGAAGCUUAGUUUUGUUGUCUCUCUAAUAAGUCUUUGAUCUAAUAAGUCUUUCUUAUAAUUCUCUAAAAUGUCGACCUCACCAUAUGAAAAAUUGAGCGAACAGGAGAAGAAGCAGAUGAUUAAAGAGAUCCAGGAGCAGGCCUAUGAGGCGUUGCUAUACGCAUUUGGCGUGGAAAAGAAGAUGAUCAGUGAUGAUGUGAAGAACCUAUUGAACAUCGAACAGGAGUCUGCAGAGGAAAAGAGGAAGAUGGCGUACGAAGCAACUCUGCUUGCCGCCACAUUCAGUCAUUCCUUGGCAAAAGACCGCGAUGGUGUGUUAGCUACGUUGAAGAAUCAACUCCAUAUAACUGAUGACUUUCACAGGGAAUGCCAGAAUCGUGUCAGGAACAACAUUUUAGUCGUCCAAUUGACUGGAGAAGCAUCCGGCUCGAAUUAUGUAGGCGAAACAGGGUGGACGACUCUCAGGCGUAUCAGCAACACCAUCUUCCGCUUUUAAGAAGACAUAGAAGUAAUUUUAAUUUCAUCUAAGUAGUAAUUAAAUACCGUAUUUCAUUGUCUCUGAUCUCUGCGACCGAACAUACAUCAUCGUCGCCGUUGAUAAAUAAAUUAUGAGAUCCUAUUUUUUCUACAUAAAUAAAAGAUGAGAUCCUAUGUCCAAAA